GCGACUCCCUCCGUAAGGCCCUGGCCCUGCACCGAACACCGCCUUCGUCCGGAGGCUGAGCGGCGUCUCUGCCUUCGGCCCUGCUCCUUGGCGGCGGCGGUCUUGACGGGAAGCCUGAGUGGAAUGCGGCUGACGCGGAAGCGGCUCUGCUCGUUUCUCAUCGCCCUGUACUGCCUAUUCUCCCUCUACGCCGCCUACCACGUCUUCUUCGGGCGCCGCCGCCUGGCUCCGGCCGGGUCUUUGCGGGGCCUCAGGAAGGGGGCGGCCUCGGCGCGGGAGAGACGCGGCCGAGAGCAGUUUACUUUGGAAAGUGAAGAAUGGAAUCCUUGGGAAGGAGAUGAAAAAUAUGAGCAACAACACAGACUUAAAACUAGCCUUCAAAUAUUAAAUAAAUCCACAAAAGGGAAAACAGACUUCCAUGUACAAAUCUGGGGCAAAGCUGCCAUUGGUUUAUAUCUCUGGGAGCACAUUUUUGAAGGCUUACUUGAACCCACUGAUGUGACAGCUCAGUGGAGAGAAGGAAAUUCAGUUGUAGGAAGAACACAUUACAGUUUCGUCACUGGUCCUGCUGUAGUCCCAGGGUACUUCUCUGUUGAUGUGAACAAUGUGGUACUUGUUUUAAAUGGAAGAGAAAAAACUAAGAUCUUUUAUUCCACCCAGUGGUUACUUUAUGCACAAAAUUUAGUGCAAACUCAAAAACUUCAGCAUCUUGCUGUUGUUUUGCUUGGAAAUGAACAUUGUAAUAAUGAAUGGAUAAACCGAUUCCUCAAAAGAAAUGGAGGCUUUGUGGAGCUGCUCUUCAUAAUAUAUGACAGCCCUUGGAUUAAUGAUGUGGAUGUUUUUCAGUGGCCUUUAGGAGUAGCAACAUACAGGAAUUUUCCCGUGGUGGAAGCAAGUUGGUCAAUGUUGCAUAAUGAAAGGCCUUACUUAUGCAAUUUCUUAGGAACUGUUUAUGAAAAUUCUUCCAGACAAGCACUAAUGAACAUUUUGAAACAAGAUGGGAAAGAUAAGCUUUGUUGGGUUUCAGCAAGAGAACAGUGGCAGCCUCAGGAAACAAAUGAAAGCCUUAAGAAUUAUCAAGAUGCUUUGCUACAGAGUGAUCUCACAUUGUGCCCAGUGGGAGUAAACACGGAAUGUUAUAGGAUAUACGAGGCUUGCUCCUACGGCUCAGUUCCUGUGGUAGAAGACGUGAUGACAGCUGGCAGCUGUGGAGAUGCAUCUGCUAACCAUAUUGCUCCUCUGCAGUUACUCAAGUCCAUGGACGCACCCUUUAUCUUUAUUAAGAACUGGAAGGAACUUCCUGCUGUUCUAGAAAAAGAGAAAACUAUGAUUUUACAAGAAAAGAUUCAAAGAAGAAAAAUGUUACUUCACUGGUACCAACAAUUCAAAACAGAGCUAAAAAUGAGAUUUACUAAUAUUUUAGAAAGUUCAUUUUUAAUCAACAAUAAAGGUUAAAUAUUAGUCAUC